AUGGCGCCAAAGAUAUCAAAUGCAUGUUUUGAAGCCUUAGAAGCAGACAAUGAGAACCUUCGAGUAGACCAAAGAAGGAUGGUCAAAGAGAUGCAGAAAGCAAGGGAGGAAUCCAUGGAUUUGAUGUGUCAAGUCCUACAGAACAUACAUCAAUUCUAA